GUAGGAGGGGGGGCGGGGAACCUUGGUUGAGGCGACCGGGGCUGUUAGGCACCCUCGACUGGCGGCGGCGGCUUCUGGUGCGGCGGGGCGCUCGGCCAGCUUUCCAGGUCGGAACGGAACGCCUGGCUUCUCGGGCCCCGCCCGGAAAGUUUGCAGCGGAGCGGCGACCUCCCGGCCGGCGCGGCCCAGCAUGAAGCGGCGCUGAGGAGCCGCCGCGGCCGCCUGAAUUGGAGCCGCAGCACCGGGGGCCACGCCGAUGACUACUGCAAACUGUGGCGCCCACGACGAGCUCGACUUUAAACUCGUCUUCGGCGAGGACGGGGCACCAGCGCCGGUGUCCCAGGUCUCGCGGCCUGCAGAUCUUGAGCCAGAUGAUUGUGCAUCCAUUUACAUCUUUAAUGUAGAUCCACCUCCAUCUACUUUAAACUCAUCACUUGGCUUACCACAUCAUGGACUGCUGCAGUCUCACUCCUCUGUUUUGUCACCAUCAUUUCAGCUCCAAGGUCACAAAAAUUAUGAAGAAACUGGUGAUAUUUCUGAAUCUAAAUAUAGCCCAUUAGGUGGUCCCAAACCCUUUGAGUGCCCAAGUAUUCAAAUUACAUCCAUCUCUCCUAACUGUCAUCAAGGAACAGAUGCACAUGAAGACGACCUACAGAUAAAUGACCCAGAAAGGGAAUAUUUGGAAAGACCUUCUAGAGAUCAUCUCUACCUUCCACUUGAGCCAUCCUACCGGGAGUCAUCCUUUAGUCCUAGUCCUGCCAGCAGCCUUUCUUCUAGGAGCUGGUUCUCAGAUGCAUCUUCUUGUGAAUCUCUCUCACACAUUUAUGAUGAUGUGGACUCAGAGUUGAAUGAAGCUGCUGCUCGAUUUACUCUCGGCUCACCUCUGACUUCUCCAGGUGGCUCUCCAGGAGGCUGUCCUGGAGAAGACUCCUGGCAGCAACAGUAUGGACCUGGACACUCCUUGUCACCUCGGCAAUCUCCUUGCCACUCGCCUAGAUCCAGUAUCACUGAUGAGAAUUGGCUGAGCCCCAGACCAGCCUCAGGACCCUCAUCAAGGCCCACUUCUCCCUGUGGUAAACGACGGCACUCUAGUGCUGAAGUGUGUUAUGCUGGUUCCCUUUCACCCCAUCACUCACCUGUUCCUUCCCCUGGCCACUCCCCUAGGGGAAGUGUAACAGAAGAUACCUGGCUUACUGCUUCUGUCCACACUGGAUCAGGCCUUGGCCCUACACCUUUCCCAUUUCAGUACUGUGUCGAGACUGAUAUCCCUUUGAAAACAAGGAAGACUUCUGAAGAUCAAGCUGCCAUACUACCAGGAAAAUUAGAGGUCUGUUCAGAUGAUCAAGGGAGCUUAUCACCAUCCCGGGAGACUUCAGUAGAUGAUGGCCUUGGAUCUCAGUAUCCUUUAAAGAAAGAUUCAUCUGGUGACCAAUUUCUUUCAGUUCCUUCACCCUUUACUUGGAGCAAACCAAAGCCUGGCCACACCCCUAUAUUUCGCACAUCUUCAUUACCUCCAUUAGACUGGCCUCUACCAACUCACUUUGGACAAUGUGAAUUGAAAAUAGAAGUGCAACCUAAAACUCAUCAUCGAGCCCAUUAUGAAACGGAAGGUAGCCGUGGGGCAGUGAAAGCCUCUACUGGUGGUCACCCUGUUGUGAAGCUCCUGGGCUAUAGUGAAAAGCCAAUAAAUCUACAGAUGUUUAUUGGAACAGCUGAUGAUCGAUAUUUACGACCUCAUGCGUUUUACCAGGUGCAUCGUAUUACUGGAAAGACAGUUGCUACUGCAAGUCAAGAGAUAAUAAUUGCCAGCACAAAAGUUCUUGAAAUUCCACUCCUACCCGAAAAUAAUAUGUCAGCCAGUAUUGACUGUGCAGGUAUUUUGAAACUUCGAAAUUCAGAUAUAGAACUUCGAAAAGGAGAAACUGAUAUUGGCAGAAAGAAUACUAGAGUACGACUGGUAUUUCGUGUGCACAUCCCACAGCCUAGUGGAAAAGUCCUUUCUCUGCAGAUAGCGUCUAUUCCUGUUGAGUGCUCUCAGCGAUCUGCUCAAGAGCUCCCUCAUAUUGAGAAGUACAGUAUCAAUAGUUGCUCUGUCAAUGGAGGCCAUGAAAUGAUUGUGACUGGAUCUAAUUUUCUUCCAGAAUCCAAAAUCAUUUUUCUUGAAAAAGGACAAGAUGGAAGACCUCAUUGGGAGGCUGAAGGAAAAAUAAUCAGAGAAAAAUGUCAAGGGGCUCACAUUGUCCUUGAAGUUCCUCCCUAUCAUAACCCAGCAGUUACAGCUGCAGUGCAGGUGCACUUUUAUCUGUGCAAUGGCAAGAGGAAAAAAAGCCAGUCUCAACGUUUUACUUACACACCAGUUUUGAUGAAGCAAGAACAAAGAGAAGAUACUGAUUUGUCUUCAGUUCCAUCCUUACCUGUGCCUCAUUCUGCCCAGACCCAGAGGCCUUCCUCAGAUUCAGGGCACACACAUGACAGUGCAUUGUCAGCAUCGAGAAGCUUGAUUUGUCCAAUCCAGCCAGCAUAUGCAUCUUUAAUAACCUCAUCCCAUUUGCCACAGUUGCAGUGUAGGGAUGAGGGUGCUGGUAAAGAACAGCACAUAAUACCAUCUUCAGUCAUGCACCAGCCUUUUCAAGUUACAUCAACAUCUCCUAUGGGGUCUUCCUAUCAGUCUAUACAAACUAAUAUGUAUAAUGGACCAACUUGUCUUCCUAUGAAUCCUGCCUCUAGUCAAGAAUUUGAUCCAGUUUUGUUUCAGCAGGAUGCAGCUCUUUCUAGUUUAGUAAACCUUGGCUGUCAACCAUUGUCACCAUUUCAUUCUUCAAAUUCAGAUGCAACAGAACAUCUCUUAGCACAUUCACCUCAUUCUGUGCAAGCACCACCUCAUCUGCAGUCAAUGGGAUUCCAUUGUUCAAACACAGGACAAAGAUCUCUUUCUUCUCCAGUGGCAGACCAGGUCACAGGUCAGCCUUCUUCUCAUUUACAACCUAUUACAUACUGUCCUUCACAUCCAGGAUCUGCUACAGCAGCUUCCCCAGCAGCCUCUCAUCCCCUGGCUAGUUCACCGCUUUCUGGGCCAUCAUCCCCUCAGCUGCAGUCUAUGCCUUAUCAAUCUCCUAGCUCAGGAACAGCCUCAUCACCAUCUCCAGCUACCAGAAUGCAUUCUGGACAGCAUUCAACUCAAGCACAAAGUACAGGCCAAGGAGGUCUUCCUGCACUUUCAUCCUUAGUAUGCCACAGUUUGUGUGACCCAGCCUCAUUUCCACCUGGUGGGGCAGCUGUGAGCAUUAAACCUGAACCUGAAGAUCAGGAACCUAACUUUGCAACCAUUGGUCUACAGGAUAUCACUUUAGAUGAUGACCAGUUUAUGUCUGACUUGGAACACCAGCCAUCAGGUUCAGCAGUGAAAUGGCCUAAUCACAGUGAGCUCUCAUGUCCAGCUCCUUUCUGGAGAAUCUAGAGGUGAACGAGAUAAUUGGGAGAGACAUGUCCCAGAUUUCUGUGUCCCAAGGCCCAGAGGUGAGCAGAGAUGCUCCUGUCCCACGUCCCAAGUCCCCAGAUAUAGGAAGAUCUGAUGGGCUCUAACAGUGCUCACUGCAGCUUUGUGCCCACUACCUGCUUCUCUCUUGGACCUUGGGUUUCCAACCAGACUUCAGAACCUGUUCCAGGAGUUGGACUCUGUGGGAAAAGCAGCAUUCCUCCAUCUCAAUCAAGCCUUGGGCAAAUUUUGUAAAAGAACAGGAACAGCAUAAGCUGUUUAAGCUGUGGGAAAAUGAGCUUUGCUUUUUUUUAUAUAUUUAAAUAGGAUACUUUUGUAUGAUGGGUGCUUUGAGUACGAAUGCAGCAGGCUCUCUAUUUCAGAGGUGCUGCUCCUGCAGGUGACCUGGUUGCAUAGCUAGGGUUAGUCAUUUGUACUGCUUUCUGGUCAUUUGAGAGCCCUUUAGUCUUGAUGAUAUUUUUAAAAUAUGAAAUUUUGAUAAAACCUUCCAGAGGCAGACAAAAAAAAUUAUCCUAGGCCCACACUUACACCUCAAAAACUUAGCAUGCAUACUGAAGCCUUUCAUAGAUUCAUAGGAAGUAAAGCCAAAUGUAGCUCAUACUCUUUAUAAAAAGUACAAUGUUAGGUAAGUCAAGAAGAGACCAUUCCAUCAUUGAAGUGUUGGAAUACGAAUACAUUCCAGAGCAUAGUCUUUCUGUAACUUUAGAUAGUCCUCAAGCAGUCUCUCCACUAGCUCCAUGUUCAAGCCGUUUUCUUCCCUCAGGACCUUGGGUAAAUUGUCAUUUGUAAGGUGAAUUUCAAAGGUAGGAUUUUAGCUUGGGUAGUUAUUUUCUACCCACCUAACUUUUGAAGUGGGAGCACCUGCCACGAGUCUGUAGUCUUUGAAGCCAGUCUCCUGAUAGUUUAGGAUUUGCAGUUUUAACUCAGGCUGGCAGUGUCAGGAGCUAAGUAUGAAUGAACUGUGUACUAGGAGGGGCAGAGAAAAUGCAGGACUCCAGAUAAGAAGACUUAAGAUUCCCCAUGGCAUGGAAGGCUUAUCUCCUAUUCUGUUUACAGCCUGCAAUGACUCUGUCCCACAGUGUCCUGACUGUAUGAUCUAAAAACCAGCCUUUUCUCCAGAAGGCUUUGAGGCACAUCCAAAAAUGAGGUGGUGUCAUAGACCUGUCCUUCCACACCAAAGACACCCUGGUGCUGCUGCUGGUGAGGCUUAUGUCCGAGGCAGGGGCCAGCAGAAACUCCAGCCUGCUGUCUACCAAAGGAGGUGCCCCAGUUGGGGACUGUUCCCAAACCCUGCCUUUACCCUUCCCUUUUAAAGUCCCUGAAUUUUACAGUAUGUUUUCAAAUUAAAUAGUGUACUUUUUCAGGAAGCAAAUUGAGUGCCUACAAGUGAGACACUGUGCUGCACUGGCUAAAGACUCAAUGCUGUUACUCUAGGGGAUUGUGACCCUUGAUGGCAGGGCUUUCUUUACUAAGGCUACAUCAGGCCUAAGCAGGGUCUAGCCUGUUGCCCACCACCUCUAGUGAGCAGGGUAGGAGAUACUGAUUCAGAAUGAGGGAAAUAUGUGUUUGUUUUUAACACAAUGCUUUAGAUGUCUCCCCUCAAACUAGUUAGAAAACAGUCUGUCAGCAAAUUGCUCUGGCCACUCCUGGAGCUGGAUAUUUUCCAAAUUUCUCUGAAAGCGAGUUUUAUAUCAGUGAGUGUGGAUAGUGAAAUUUGCUUUAGGGCCUAUGGUUGGUAGUCCACAGCUUCUACAGGGCAUUGGCCUCUCAGGUGAACUUGCAGAGACUUGGCCAAAUUUGCUUCCACCCUCUUUCCCCUGGGGUAGCUGCCUCAUGUUGGGUCAUUGCAAGACCCCUUGGGGGUGCUGCUUUGCUGCCUUCAAGAAUAAAAGCCUCUAUGAUCCAGAGUUGCUAUGCACCAAAUUUUGAUGCCUUUUAAAUACCUUGAUGCCUGUAGCAUUAGAGAUGCUUUCCUAUUUAAAACAGGUUAGAUUUUCAAAUAGAGCUUUGUAUUCUAUGUAACGGUUUUAUAUUAGCUUUGUAUAAGCUUUCAUGUAAGAGUCAUAUUUUUUGGCUUUGUAGAUAAAGACUUAAAUUUUUGUGCAAAAUUGUGAUGGUAAAGCACACAUCCAUUGGACUAUGCAAAUUGAUUUCUAGUAGCAGCACUGAGCAGCUGGGCAUUUCCUAGCACACACACUUUCCCCUCACCUGUACUACACCUUGGGGUGAGGAACGAAGGAGCAGCCUUCUGUUUACUAGAGAGGCAAGAAACAUGCUGAAAACAUUAAAAAGAGAUGUUUGGGUUUGUAUGUGGUGCUGCUGCCCUGGGUACAACCCACCACCACCCAGGACCAGGACCAGCCAAUAUCAUCAGACCUCUGCUGGACCUAGCCGGGAGGCCCAGUUUUUAAUAUGUAGAACACAUGGUCAUCUUUAAGGCUCAGAUGAGCUCAAGUUGAAACUGUGUUUUAUAGAGCGGAUGUUUAGGUGAAGGAAUUGGUUCUCAGUUAUGUUUACAGCACUUGGAAUUGUGUUUUCUUGUACAUUUUGUAUUUUAAAAUCUUUUAUAGGAGUGCAGUGCUCCUUACACAAAUACAAAGGGAAGACGAGCCAGCAGUUCAGGCUCCUCCUCGGUUACAGUGCUGAAAUAAUAAACAGUAACGAUCAACAGUGUCCUUGAAAUCUCAGUUUCUCUCCAGACGGGGCUGGCGUGAAACCCUUCGGGCCAGAGCUAAGGGCCCUGUGACUUGUUAAAAGUCUGCUUCAUCAGGAAUUUUCAUUUACUUUACAGAGAAGAUAGAGUUCAAAAUUCCUUCUAGGAUGAGUUCUGCAUCCUUUAAUGGAUGCAAAGGACACGCCACAGUGUUUGCUGGGGUCUAGACAACUGAUCUUCCAAGGUGUCGCCAAGAAAACCUUGACAAGAGUCCCCUUUAGAGUUAACCUGAGUUUGCAAGUGCUACUUGCCCUCUGGUGUUCUCUGGGGAUAUUGCAGCAGCACAAUUUAGAAUAACUGGGGGGGUGGGGUUGUGGUAGGGGAGUAUACAGCCUUGGCUGGAUUAGAAUUGACUGUGUAGACCAAACUAGAUUUGGACUUAAAAGAGUCUUCCUCUCUGUGUCUCCUGAGUGCUGGGUUACAGGCAUAAACCAUCACAUCCAGCUGCUGAUUUUGCCAUCCGAAGCUCCUUGGUUCUGGCUGGAGAGGGCUUAUUUAAGGCCAUCUCUGGCGCUUUGUUUCUGAAGUCCAAGUAUCCUGAGCGUGGGUGCUGACUCACUGCUGUCCUGCCUCUCGGAAGGAUAGGGAGAGUAGAGCACUGGGGUCUCAGGCUCAGGUGGAUACCCACACAGGCCUGUUGUGCACCCUUCAACCAGAUCAAAGGCUUCCUGGGUGUCAUGCCAUCACAACCCCAGUCCUGCCUGUAAGGUGGCCAUCAUCUUUAGGGUAAGCAGGCAGAGAAACAAGGGUGUAUGGGAGGAAGCAGAAUGGUGCUGAGCUUGAUCUUUUCCUGGUGCCUUUGAGAGCUUUGACAAGCCAGAAAGAAGCCGCUGGAUCGAGGGCAUUCUGGACUCAGGAAAGGCAUGUUAGCUGGGGACAUCAGCUCACU